AGGUAGAAUACAGUUCAAAUAUUAAAAAUAGUUAUGAUAACUCAGGGUACAAUUCAAAUACAAAAAAUGCUUAUAAUGUACCCGAAUACACUAAAAGUUCAAAAAAUGUAAGGAGAAGUGUUGAUAAAAAUGACUUACAAAAUGAUUCUCAAAUAAAAAAUGUGAAUGAAGAACUACAACAUGAUACAAAUACUAUUACUGUUAAGAACGCAUAUCCUUUAGUGACCCAAAAGCGUCACAAAGAGAAAGACUCCGAACAUAAUUCAAAAACAAAAAAAGAAGGUGAUCUUAGGUCAAACUUUCAACACAGUCAUAAAUCCCAAAUGUAUAAUGAAUUUAACAAUAUGGUAUCGAAUGUUAACGAUUACCCUGGAUCAGUAUAUACUUCGAACCCAAAUAAUUAUUAUAAUGCAGUAGAAUAUAACCAACACUCAAAUGAUGCCUACGGUAUACCUGCAUCUACUAAUAUUAUAAACGUAAUACAAAAUCCAACAGGAAAACCUGAACAUUCCGGAUUAGGUCUUAACCUUGGUAUGAAUUUCGGCCUUGGCGUUGGUGUGGGUAAAAAAAAACUGAGAUCGGCAAAAGACCAAAAUACGCAACUCCUAAGGUCAGGGGGACAUGAUCAAAAAGGAAUAUUUAAUCCACAAAGUGAGCAAAAAGCAUAUUCUGGUGGGAAUGUAGGCCCAAAAAAACAUAUCCGCAAUAACAAUAAUAACAACAACAACAAUUUAAAUUCUGGAAGAGGAGUAAGCCCUCAAAAUCAACCAAAUUUAGACUAUGAUUGGGUAAAUGGUAAGACACAAUCAACGGGGUCAGUAAAACAAGUAAAUGGAUUACCUUUAAGGUCUGGGCAACAAGUAGCGCAUAAUUUUAAUUCUGAAAUCAACUAUCACAAUAAACAAAAACUACACCCUCCAAAUCAGAAGAAUCUAAAUUAUGAGAAAGAUGACGUCCAGGUACAACAUAGUGAGUCCACAAAAAAUCUAAACAAUAAAAAUCGGAGGUUUGAGGGACAAAAAGUGCAAAAUUUAAACUCUGGGUGGAGCUAUGGGCAAAAAGAACUUGCCAACGCAAACAUGCAUGGACAAAUUGUGAAUAAUGAUAAUUCUAGAGGAGUAAAUUAUGAUCAAAACGAAGACCGUCACUCAAAAACCGAGCAAGGUUUAAAUUUAGGAAUGACUCGAGGCAAUAAAAAACAAAUCUUGAACAACAACAACAACAACAACAACAAUAAUAACAAUAUGUAUAACGAUAACGGCAAUUCAAACUCUGGAUUAAAUUAUGGCAAUACAAAAACUCUAGUGACUCCCAAUCAACAGAAAACAAAUUUUGAAUUUGAAAAUGGUCAAACACAAGAAAUUGGAUUACGGUCAAGUCAAAAAACGCAAGGUCGAAGGUCUGAGGAGCAAAUUGUACAGAAUGUAAAUUCUGAUUGGAGCUAUGGUAAAAAUGGACAGGUUGGCGGGCAAGAUGUAAAAAAUCUGAAUUCGGGAUUGAGUCAUGGCAAAAAGAAAAAAAUCAUCAACAAUAACAACAACAACAACAACGACAACACUGCUUAUAACGACAAUAAUGAUUUCAAUUCUGGGGGGACUUACGAUUACGGUCAACAUAAAGGAACUGCAAAAAAUCUAAAUAAACAGCGGAGGUUUGAUGGACAAGUAGUGCAAAAUUUAAAUUCUGGAUGGAAUGACCACAAAGAACAUGUUGGUGAGCAAAAUGUAAAUAAUAUAAAUUCUCGAUGGAAAUAUGGUCAAAACGAAAAUCUUCAGUCGGAUAACGGGCAAGGUUUAAGUUCUGGAUUUAGUCAAGGCAAAAAACACCAAAUAUUGAACAACAACAAUAAUAACAACAACAAUGUUUAUAACGAUGACAGUCAUUUAAAUUCUGGAUUGAAUUAUGACAAUACAGAAAACGUAGUAAAUCAGCCGAAUUCAAAUUAUGAGUGGGAUAGUGGCCAAACACAACAAAUUGGAUUAAGAAAAAGUUUAAACGAGCAACGUCGAAGGUCUGGGGAACAAAUCGAGCAAAGUCUAAAUUCUGGAUGGAGCCAUGGUCAAAAUGGAUAUGUUGGUGGGCAACAUGAGAAUAAUCAAAACUUUGGAGGAAAACAUGGUCAAAAUGAAUAUCAUAAUCUACGAAACGAGCAAAAUACAAAUUCUGGGUGGAAUUAUGGCCACAAUGAACACAUUGGCGCACAACAUGACAAUAAUCAAAAUUCUGGAUGGAAACAUAGCCAAAAAGAACGUUCUCACACGCAAAAUGAGCAAAAUGUUAAGACUGGGUGGAAUAAUAGCAAAACUAAACAACUCAACAGGCGUGAGAAUAAACUGAAUUCUGCAAAUAACCUACAAAAAAGUCUUGAUGGUCAAAGCGAGCGAAACUUAAAUUUACAAAAUAAGAGAAAGAAUUUAGGUAUUAAAGUAAAUGGGUUAGAAAACGGCCAAAGCAAAAAUGAGCAGUAUCGAAGGUCUGCCUUAAGACAGGAUAAUCAAGUCACACAAAGUGAGCAAAAUCUAAAUUUUGGGUGGGGAAAUGAUAAUCCACAUUUAGGUUCCCAAAAUAAAGGAAAAAUUCAGAUAUCUGAUAUUGGCGCUUCACGAAAUCUAAACUCUGAAUGGGGAAAUAAUAACCAAAACUUUGAUUCCCACAAUGGGCUAAACACUCAGAUAUCUGAAUUUGGGAUUGACGAUAUACCAAAAUUUGACCCUCUUAAUACGCAAAAUAUUAAUUCUGCAUGGAACUCUGAUAAGCAAAAAGUUGACUUUGGAACUCGAAAAAAUCUAAAACUUGACUCUCAAAAUCAAUUAAGUCUUAACUCCGGGUGGGGAAAUAAUAACCAUAAAUUUGAAUCCCAAAAUAAUAUAGUCACUCAAGUAUCUGACUUUGGCCAAAAAACGACAUUUGACCCUCCAACUGAGCAAAAUCAAAAUUCUGACUGGGGGAUUCAUACCCAAAAAGUUGACUCCCAAAAUCAACAACCAAUUCAGGUUAAUCACGCAAAUUAUGUAAAACAUUAUUCGGGAAUUGAACAGCAACAAAAUAUUGAUACGCAACAAAAUAUUGAUCCGCAACAAAAUAUUGGUCUGCAACAAAAUAUUGAUCCGCAACAAAAUUUUGAUCCGCAACAAAAUAUUUAUCUGCAACAAAAUAUUGAUCUGCAACAAAAUUUUGAUCCGCAACAAAAUAUUUAUCCGCAACAUAAUAUUGAUCCGCAACAAAAUAUGGAUCUGCAACAAAAUUUUGAUCCGCAACAAAGUAUUGAUCCGCAACAAAAUAUUGAACUGCAACAAAAUCAGCAAAAUUCGAAUUUGGGUUGGGGGCAUAACCAAAAAGCAAAUCUUGAUUCACAAUAUCCACAGAGCCGAAAAUCUAGGCGACAAGGCAUGUGGCAAAAUAAUGCAGUAGGUAUGCAUGUUUCUGAAUCUGGACACAAAACACAGACAGUUUCGACCAUAGUAACUGUAAAUGGCAAAGUGCAAAAAGAAGACCGUCACGUUACCAAUCAGGACCUUCCUGAAAAGUCACAUACAGUUAUUUUCUCGCAAGAUAAUUUUGGUUUGGACCAUACAAAUCACGGUGGUAGUGGUGGUACUAUCAGCGGUGAUGCAAACAUCGCUGGUACAAUUAGCGGUGGUACAAACGGAGGUGGUGCAUACAACGGUGGUAUAAAUGGCGGUGGUACAAUCGGCGGCGGUACAAACUACAAUAAUACAUUCGGCGGCAGCGCAAACUAUAAUGGUACAUUUGGCGGCGGUACAAUCGGUGGUGGUACAUUCGGCGGCGGUACAAUCGGUGGUGGUACAAUCGGUGGUAGUAUAUCCGGCGGUGGUACAAUCGGCGGCGGUACAAACUACAAUAGUACAUUCGGUGGCAGUACAAACAACAUUGGUAAUUUCGGCGGUGGUACACACUACAAUGGUACAUUUAGCGGUGGUGCAUACUACAAUGGUACAUUCGGCGGUGGUAUAAUCGGUGGUGGUAUAGUCGGCGGCAGUACAAUCGGUGGUGGUACAAUCGGCGGUAGUAUAUUCGGCGGUGGUACAAUCGGUGGUGGUACAUACUACAAUGGUACACUCGGUGGUGGUACAAACUACAAUAAAACAUUCGGCGGCGGUACAAUCGGUGGUGGUACAUUCGGCGGCAGUACAAUCGGUGGUGGUACAAUCGGCGGUGGUACAAUCGGCGGUUCUGUAUUCGGUGGUGAUGCAAUCGGCGGUGGUAUAGUCGGUGGUGGUACAAUCAGCGGAGGCUCAAUCAACGGUGUUACAAUCGACGGUGGUACAAUCGACGGUGGUACAAUCGACGGUGGUACAAUCGACGGUGGUACAAUCGACGGUGGUACAAUCAGCAUUGAUGCAAUCAGCGAUGGUACAAUCAACGGUGGUAUAAUCAGCGGUGGUACAACCAGCGGUGGUACAAUCAGCGUUGAUGCAAUCAGCGGAGGUAUAAUUGGCGGUGGCACAAUCGGCGGCGGCACAACCGGCGGCGGUAUAAUCGGCGGUGGUACAAUCGGUGGCGGAACAAUCGGCGGCAGUACAAACGGCGGUGGUGCAUACAACGAUGGCUCAAUCGACGGAGGUACAAACGGCGGUGGUACAAUCGGCGGCAGUACAAACGGCGGUGGUGCAUACAACGAUGGCACAAGCGGCGGAGGUACAAACGGUGGUGGUACAAACGGCGGUGGUACAAACGGCGGUGGUACAAACGCCGGUGGUACAAACGGAGGUGGUAAAAACGGCGGGGGUACAAACGGCGGUGGUACAAACAGCGGUGGUACAAACGGCGGUGGCGCAUACAACGGUGGUACAAACGGCGGUGGUGCAUACAACGGUGGUACAAACAACGGUGGUACAAACAGCGGUGGUACAACCGGAGGUGGUACGACCGGUGGUGAUACACACAACGGUAGUACAAACAACGGUGGUAAAAAUAGAGGUGGAACAAACAAUGGUGGUGCAAAUAACGGCGGUGUAGACAGCACUGGUAUAAAUAACGGUGGUACAAACAACGGUGGUGCAUACAACAGUGGUACAAAUAAUGGUGGUAUAAACAACGGUGGUACAAACAAUAGUGGUUCAUACAAUAAUGGUGCAUACAACAGUGAUACAAACAACGGUAUUAUAAACAACAGUGGUGCAGAUAACAAUGGUGCAUACAACAAUGGUGCACACAACAAUGGUGCACACAACAAUGCAGCACACAACAAUGGUGCAUACAACAAUGGUGCAUACAACAAUGGUGCAUACAACAAUGGUGUAUACAACAAUGGUGCGUACAACAAUGGUGCAUAUAACAGUGGUGAACACCACAGUGGUGAAUACCACAGUAGUGAACACCACAGUGGUUCUUACAACAAUGGUGCAUACAAUAAUGGUGCAUACAACAAUGGUGCACACAACAAUGGUGCACACAACAAUGGUGCAUACAACAAUGGUGCAUACAACAAUGGUGCGUACAACAACGGUGUAUACAAUAACGGUGCAUACAAUAACGGUGCAUACAACAAUGGUGCAUACAAUAAUGGUAUAUACAGCGAUAAUACCAACAACGGCGGUGCGUACAACGAAGAUACAAACGCACUACAAAUCAAUAAUGUAGAGUUAUCCAAAUUUCUAGAGCAGAGUACUAACAACAAACAGGAACAAUUAAUAAAUAUUAUAGAAACAUUAUUUUCUAAAGGUCUUCAAAGUAUGCAAAAUAAUAUAAAAUCAACAAAAAACCCUAGGGUCAUGAUGCAACAAACAGUUGAAAACGAAGUAAAUAAAUUUGUUAACUUUGAAAAAUCCCAAAACAUCGACAAUGUUCUCCAAGCAUACGUGCGUACGAAUAUCAAGCGUCUGCAAAGCAUCUUUGAACAGUUCCACAUUCAAGAACAAGUACGAACUGUAACUAUACAAAAUUACAUAAAACGUAUUCUGCAAGGUAUUAAAAUCAAAUAUAGUUUUGCAUCGAAGCUAAUAGAGGGAUUCGAGAUACAAUUGAAACGUAUAAUCACAAAUUUGUGUGCACAAAUUCAUACGUCCGUAUUUAAUUCUAUGGUUAUUACAAGUACCACAACGAUCAUCGAAACAAUUAUUAGUUUGGUCCGGAAAAUAUUGUUCCAAAGGUUUAUAUUUUAUUAUAAUUCAAAUAUUAGUAAGGAUACCGGUGUAGUUAUAAAGAAAAAUCCUUAUUUGGAAUAAAGGAUGUUCUAACAUCAAAUUAUUCCCCCCUGAAAUAAUCGUUGUAAUGUCUAUAUUAUGUAUACACAAUUCAGCAAUAUUACUGUAUACUACUGCAAUAAAAUAUAACUGUUCAACAACAUCUUUCGAUUUUUAAUAAAAGAAAACCCUACCCUCAUCUCAAACCAAAUCUCAGUGCAUCC